AUGGAGACUGAAUUCACCCCCUCUGAGUCACGGCCAACCACUCCGGAACCUCCGGGCUAUGUGAAUCCUCUCGAGUCCAGUUCUAGAUGGUACCUGAUCGCUCGUGCCCAAGCCAUUCGUUCUGCUGCCAGUCUGGGCUUCAGUAUCGCUAAUCGUACGGAUCCUCCUGCACCCUCACCAACCAAGGACAUCUGGCUCGAUGCUACCCUGUCCAAGGCUGAUCUUAGCCGCGCCGACCGCGCCAAGACGAAGAUCAAGGCCGAAGUAUGGAUGCCGCCCCGUCCCGCGCUCGGUGCCCGGGCUGCCGUUAUAAACUUCCACGGAGGCGGAUGGAUUCUCGGUCAGGGUACCGACGAUGCCCGUUGGGCCGGUGCUAUCAUGGCUAAUCUCGACGCCGUUGUCUUUACUGUCAACUAUCGGCUGGCCCCAUCGUGUCCCUUCCCAACACCAAUCGAGGAUUGUGUGGAUGCAGUUCUUCAAAUCAAGCAUCGUGCUGCGGAAUUCGGCAUAGACCCUGAUCGUAUCAUCCUGUCGGGGUUUUCCGCUGGGGCCACAAAUGCCCUGGCAAGUUGGCUCAUUCUUAACGACCCUGAUCGAUGGGGUUACAAGUUUCCUAUAGAGCCUCCAAAGAUUGCCGGUAUCACUCUCUACUAUCCACUUCUGGACUGGACCAUCUCGCGUCCGGAAAAACGGCUUACAUGUUCAAAGCCGGAGUUUACCUUACCCAAGGGUCUAACAGAUCUUAUCGACGCUUCCUUCAUCUACCCAAUCAUUCCUCGCGAGGAACGUUGUGAUCCAAGACUAUCCCCGGGGUUGAUGCCUGAUGAGUUGCUAAAGAAGCUUCCUCCUAUUCACUUGGUCUUGUGCGAGUAUGACAUGCUCCUCGCCGAAGGUCUCAAGUUCUCGAAUCGUCUCAAGGCUGCUAACAAGAAGUUCACAUUGCGUAUAGUCGAAGGAGAGAGACACGCAUGGGAUUGUCCACCACCGAUGUCACCCAAAGAGAGUGUUGCCAUUGAGUAUCAAGAAGCCGUGGAGACUAUGGCCAGUUGGUUUGGGCAGAAGUGCGAGACUGACACUGAAUCCAUGCGAUCAAUGAGAUUGAAACGGCCGGUUCUCAAGCGACCAAAGUACCUCUCCUUCAAAACCUGGUCCGGGAGGUAG